AUGGAGAUUUCACCAGCAAGCUUAACGCCGAGACCAAGAUCAAGGUCAAGAACUAGAAACUCAACGGCCAACUCAAGGUCUACUUCAGCCACAAGAAGACCGAGCUUGUCAGGAACAAGAAAGUCGCUAUCUAGUUCUUCGUUGAAUAAAUUGACCAUCACACCAACUCAAAUUGAUGACGAGCGUUCAGUACCAUCAGUGCAAGCAGUUUUGGACAACUCGUUACCUGCCGAUUUUUUUAAGCAAGACAUUAUAGCAUUGACUAAAGCAUUGAGAAUUCAUAAAUGGCAUAAAAGAAAUUUGAAUAUUCAUAAGCUAAAAAUCACGAGAAUUUCGGGAGCUUUAACCAAUUCCAUCUACAAAAUUGAUUAUGUGGAUGAAGAACAGGAUAUUCAUUUGCCUUCAUUGUUGUUGAGAGUUUAUGGAAAGAAUGUCGAUGAGUUGAUCGACAGAGAUAGUGAAUUAAUGACUUUGAUUAAGUUAUCACAAAAGCGUAUUGGCCCUAGAUUAUUGGGUAUAUUUACUAAUGGGAGAUUUGAACAGUUUUUAGAAGGAUUUGUCACUUUGACAAAAGAUCAAAUUAGAGACCAAGUGAUUUCCCAAAUGAUUGGAAGAAGAAUGAAAGAUUUGCAUUACAAGGUUGAGUUGACCAAGGAAGAGUCAAAUUCACCAGUACCUACAUGCUGGAGAUUGAUUGAGAAAUGGCUCAAAAUAUUUGAGACUGAAUAUAAGCCCGGAUACGAAAAAGCAGGCGUCGAACUUGAGGAUAUCUUUAUGAUGGAUUUUGACAGCUUCAAAAAGUUGGUAUUCAAGUAUAAGGAUUGGUUAUUUGACAAGUACAAAGAGGACGGAUUUUCUUCAAAUUACAAAUUUUGCCACAACGACACCCAAUAUGGAAACCUACUUCUCCACAACUCAUUUGAGCCCGAAGAAAUUGUUAUUGACACACCGCUUGGGUCCAGUACAAAUUUACCUGAGGUUGCCAUCAAGUCCACCUCUAACAAAAAGGAUUCCAAUUUGGUGGUCAUCGAUUUUGAGUACUCAGGACCCAACUUCCCUGCAUUUGACAUUGUCAACCAUUUUAGUGAGUGGAUGUCUAAUUACCAUGAUCCAGAAAGGUCCUACUUCAUCAAUGACACGAUGUUUCCCACCCAAUUGGAGCAGUUAAACUUCAUCAAAGCUUACAUAGAAUACGAUUUCCAAUUACCAUCAUCAAAUUUGAAGUCAGCAAAAUCAGAUGGAGAGUUGUUGAAUAGCUCGGAUAAGCAAGCAGUUAGCAUUAUUCAGUACGAGAUUGAAAAAAUGUUUAAUGAAUGUAUCUACUGGCGCUCAUCGGUGCAAAUAUUUUGGGCACUUUGGGGGUUGAUCCAAAAUGGACCUAUUGAACCAAGGCCAGAGAUGAGUAGAAAGGAAAGCGAGCAAGGUGUUGACAGUACAUACAACAUCACAGUUGAGAUGGAGAAAUUUGGACUUCAAGAUUUAGAAAUUACUGCUGGUGAUGCCAUAACUUCGAGUGAUGAUGAUUUUGACUAUUUGAAGUAUAGUAACCAAAAAAUAGCAAUUGUUGUAGGAGAUUCCAUACAGUUCAACUUGCUCGAUAAGGAUAGGGUUGAUUCUAAAUAUCAUGAAGAUAUCAAGUACUUGAGUUCGAAAACUUAUGAUUUAUAA